AUUGGCGGACGGACCGUUCAGCGCGUGGCAGGGAGAAAAACAGGAAAAGCUCUUCCUUAUGUAGAGCGACUGCACGGGUGCGGCUCCGCUGUUACGUGACCCGCCCCCUUCGGCUAUGAGUGGCAUCCACCAGAGCCGCUCAGCGCUGCGAUACUGACACCAGCGGCGGAUCGCCUGAGACAGGUCCGCGUGGGGAAGGCAGCAAAGGCAUGGCCCGCAAUUGGACCACAGGGACUACAUUCCCCCAGUAAUUUCCUAACCUGAUUUGGAUGAAAGCAGCAGAACAACUCUUAGUUCUUAGGAAAUUCACAUAACUUCUCCCCAUUUUUAUAGCAUAUAUUUAUGAUAAACCUUAAACAGCCUCAGAGGUUGGGCACAAUAAAGUACAGAACCGCCAAGCCUCUUUCCUGGGGAGAUGCCCCCUCACCCUUUGUACUAAUAGUUUGAAAUAUUUCUUCUUUUGGUGAUGAAGGAGUUUGCUAUUUUUGUUUUAAUGAGAGUCUUAAAAGCUCCCUUGUGACCUUUAUUCAAAAAUUUUCAUAGCUUGACACCCCUUAAGACUUUUACUAUAAACUUCCUCACAAACUUCACUUCUCACUAGAUCUCUCUUGGAGAGUGUUCCCAGUAUAUGCAUUCUUCUCAUCAUGGCUUUCUUCCGUCCCACUAGCUUCUCAGGUUUGCAGACUUUGGGGAAAUACCCCAUGUUUUGGCCUGUUCCAAGGCGCCAACAGCUGUUUGCUGUCAUCCUCCAUCUCCCGAACAGGAAACAUGUUAAAUGUUUCCCUUUUACUACCACUUCUCAAUCUGCAAUACCAGUGGAUCCCAAAGCAACUCAUAUGCUGUCUACUAAGACCAGAUCUAAAGGUAGAGAUGGAGAGGAAAAGGAAGGCAGGGCCAGAGGACACACCUCUUCUCCUUAUCCUUUUUCCCUGUUCUCUGCUGGAGCUGCCAAGAGGAGAUCAAAGAAGCAAGAGGAACUGCUCAUGAUAUCUAAAAAGAAUGGUAUCCGGCCCCCAGAAAAACCUUUGAGUGUGGCGGAAUGGGAAGAGCUGAGGGGAGAAUUUAAGGGAAUUAGCAAGUUUGAAGAUGUAAUGCUAGAGCAAAUGAUCAAAUGCAACAGCUCUAUAGAUGUGGCCAAGUCUUUGCUGUCUAUGGUGGCAAUGAGAAAAGGUGACAUCCGUUAUAAUUUAUUGGUCAAGUACCUGGCUCUGUGUGUCCGGCAAGAGCAGAUGGCAGAAGUUUAUGAUGUCUAUGAUAUAAUGAAAGUCAGAUUUAAGACUUUAGAAACUGGGGCUUACGGCCUUCUAAUCAAAGGUCUGAGUGGUUCCAAUCGGUGGAGAGAGGCCUUGUUGCUACUGCAAGAGAUAAAAAAAGUCAUGACCCCAUCAAAAGGGAACUAUGGAGAUUGUAUCAAAGGGGCCCUCAAUAACCAAGAAAUAAACUUGGCGUGUGAACUGUAUCAUGAAAUGCUGGCUAAGGAUUUGAUACCAAACUUGGAUACGCUGCAGGUCUUUUUUGAUACUGGCAAAUGCAUGAAGGACGAUCAGUUAAAAAGUGAACUCUUAGGAAUCCUCUUGUAUCUGAGAGAAAAUCAACUAUAUCCUGGAGAAGCUCUUAUGCAGAGCAUAAAGUUAUGGUUUGAAAGCAUUCCAGGAGAGAAAUGGGAAGGACACUUAACUACCAUUAAAAAUAGCGGAAAAUGUCCAGUUUGUAACCAAAACCUGGAAGCUAUUCAUCUGAGCCAAGAAGAGUACAAUGCACUCAAGGAAAAAAUAAUAAAAGAUGUGAUCCAGGGAACUGAUGCAUUCAGGAAGACGACUCCUCAGGAACUUGAAGAGUUUCAAAACUUUGUGGAAAAUCAUCCUCCAUAUGAUAUUGUGAUAGAUGGACUCAAUGUUGCCAAUAUUUCUAACAAAAGGAACCAGUCUCAAACUCUACUUGAUGUUGUCUUCCACCUGGCACAGCAGAAUCUGCGGUUGCUCGUGCUGGGCCGCAAACACAUGCUGACUGGGUCUCAUAGCUGGAAAAGGCACAUUGUCGCUGCUAUGCAGAAGAAAGCAGACUUCUUCUUUGCUGAAGAUGUGUCAGAAGAUGACCCCUUCCUAUUAUAUGCCACUCUUCACUCAGGAAGUCAUUGUAAGUUUCUUACUAGAGACCUCCUGCGAGAUCACAAGGCUUGUCUUCCCGACAAUCUUACUCGGCAUCUGUUCUUUAAGUGGCAGCGUGGACACCAAAUGGUGCUUUCCCACUACUGGCCAGGAAAGAGAAUAAAAUUUCAGCCUAUUCUCACUUACGACACCGUGGUACAGACUACUGGUGACACUUGGCAUAUUCCCUAUGAUGAACAGCUGGUGGAAAGAUAUUCCUAUGAAGUGCCAACAAAAUGGCUUUGCCUUCAACGGAAAUAAUAAAGAAUGCAGUUUUACAAACUAAAACUACAAUUGUUUGCUACUGUUGCUAACAGGCAGAAUCCAGUGAUCAUGCACAGUCAUGGAAUUAAUACACCAAAUAUGAACCCUGCAGCUGACUAAAUGUUCAGUAAACAUAGUUCACCGAAUUCAUACCUGCUGUAACUCUAUUGAAGUCAGAGUUCAUUUUGCCCUGUAGUAAAUAAGAGAUUUGUUAUGGCACCAUUUAUUAAGAUUUUAUUGGGAUGAGGUGAUGAAGGGAUUAAGCACUAGGAUGGUCCAUAGAUCGUCCUAAUAAAUUUUAGCUUCUAAAUUUCCAAAGAUAUAAAAUCUUGAAUUUAUUUCUUAGUUAAAAUAAUAGUUUGUUUUUUAAAUAAAAAUUGAUCAUAUUAGGGACUUCACUGUGGGCAAUAAUAUGACAGCUGAAUUUUGUAUAGCCUCUCAUAGAAACUUGAGUUAAUUAGAAGACAGCAAAAGUGGUAUAAAUUACAGAAAAAGUGUUGUAA